GGUGAGGAGGCAAAGUGCCUGCCCCCACCCUCCCUCUCCGGUCCGGGCGGCCCCGCCCGCUGGGCGGGAGCGCGCCUGCGCGGGGAGGAUGCGGCCGGGUUCGGCCCCCGCUGCGGCGCUGACGGACGUGGUAAUUCUAGAAGCUAUGGACAUACUCUUUAGAAUAAGAGGAGGAUUGGAUCUUGCAUUUCAGCUAGCAACUACUGAUGAGGCAUCAACAAGAAAGGCAUUAGGAUAUGUUUUCAGUGAUCUUGCAAACAAACUGUCUUCAGAUGUUCUCGUAUUAAGAAUUUGCCAGAGUUCAGUCUAUGUGUGGCCUAACAAUGGUAUGAGCACUGUUCCAGAGCUGACUGAUGAUUCUGCUUGUAAGGAGAUAAGACGAUUUAUACAAUUUGAUCAAGAUGAUGAGACCAAACGAAAGCUUGGCAAAAAAAAAGAUAAAAAGUUACAAGAUACGCAGCAGAUAGUCAAUAUAGACCUCAUGCUGGAAAUGACAUCUUCAUUAGCUGCUUUGGCUCCAGUCAUUGAAAGGGAAAAUAAGGAACAUCACUACAUAAAUAUGACAUUACCAGUUGAUGUUGUUGUAUCUGUUUCUCCAGAAGAAGCAUGGGGAAAGGUACAAAAUCUCCUGGUGAAAGCAAUUCACAGGCAAUUAACUGACAUGGAAAGAUGUAUCAUGAAAUAUAUGAAGGGAACAUCAAUUGUGGUACCAGAACAAUUUCAUUUCAUGUUACCAGGAAAAAAUCACCUUGUAACAAUCUCGUAUCCUACAGGUAUUUCAGAUGAUCAGCUGGAAAGUUACAGAAAGGAAUUGCACGGGUUAUUCGAUCUGCCUUGUGACAGACCAUAUUUCAAGAGAGCAAAUGCUUAUCAUUUUCCAGAUGAACCAUAUAAAGAUGGGUAUCUCAGAAACCCACAUUUACAUCUUAAUUCACCUGGUACAGAGUCCAGUACGGUUUAUUUAGUACAUGGUGUGUAUAGUUAUCACCACUAUAUGCAGGAUCGGAUUGAUGACAGUGGUUGGGGCUGUGCUUAUCGGUCUCUGCAGACAAUCUGUUCUUGGUUCAAGCACCAAGGUUACAUUGAUACACUUAUACCAACACACAAGGAGAUUCAACAGGCACUGGUUGAUGCUGGCGACAAGCCUGCAGCAUUUGUUGGGUCACGGCAAUGGAUUGGUUCAAUUGAGGUACAGCUUGUUUUGAAUCAGCUUUUUGGAAUAACAUCAAAAAUAUUGUUUGUCAGCCAGGGUUCUGAACUAGCGUUGCAGGGAAGAGAGCUUGCUAAUCAUUUCAAGACUGAAGGAACUCCAGUUAUGAUUGGUGGAGGUGUUUUGGCUCACACAAUAUUAGGAGUGGCUUGGAAUGAGAUUACAGGGCACAUAAAAUAUUUGAUUCUUGACCCACAUUACACUGGAGGAGAAGAUCUGCAUGUUAUUUUGGAAAAGGGCUGGUGUGGAUGGAAGGGCCCCGAGUUUUGGAACAAGGAUGCCUAUUACAAUCUGUGCCUACCUCAACGACCAAAAGCUAUAUAAAUUCCACUCUUAUGCUGGAACAUGCUAAGCCAGAAUACUGGCUGAUCUAGAUAUAACCGUCUUGUUAUUUAUCAAAAUAAUGCUUUAAGUCAAUCAAAACCCAGUUGGAAUAGAAAUGUUGCUUGAGUAAUUUAAGAUUAUUUUUUUUUAAUGAAACCUCUAAAAAUGAGAGUUGUCUGCUGUGAACUGUAUUUCUUACAAAUGCAUUUAUUGGGUAACUAAUACUGUCUUCUUUUGGCUAGGACAACUUUGUUUAUAUAGCAUUUUUGUUAUGCCAAAAUCUUUACAGAUUAAAUGCCCAAUCCUUUCAUUUUAUGAACUUCUUUCUUGCCAAAAAGACCCUUUCAGGUUCUCUAUAGCCAGCUGUCCUGUGCACUGUGAAUCUGUUCAAAGCCAUCAUUUGCUUCUGAUACUGUUGAUAACAGCAUUUUAGAAGACUGGGAGAAAAAUGGCCGUAUGUAGUGAAUUUUAUGAACUUUGUACUCAUAUUUACACAGGAAAAAAAAGGUGAGAGAAUGAACCGGUAUAUGCUUAUUUAUUUAUAGCUGUAUGAAUACAACUAUUCUAGAAAAAGAAAAAAAAAAACCCACAACAGUCUUCUGUAAGAAGUAAAAAUCAAGACGCUUUACUCCUUCUCAGAAGGAGACAACGUACCAGUGUACACAUCAGGCUGCUCAAUGCAUAGUCCAGUCCCGUUUCUUCAGACUUCCCUUGAUUUCAUUUUAGGAUUACAAGCUGUUUCUUUUGUCAGCUAGGAGACAAGAUCUGUCAUAUGAACAAACAAGAGUAAGUCUGUAGCUACUCUGUCAGUACUUCAGUAAAACUACCUAUGACUUCCCCACCCCCCCCAUGUUAAAGUAGCCUUUUCAGUGACAUUCCCCAUGCAUGAUCCAUUUUCAGUAAGACAAUAACCUUAAAUACCUAUGCAAGUUGAUCCUUACUAGCAGGCUUCUACAUCCAACUGCUAUGUAUCUAACACCAAAUGUAUUUACUCAUGUGUUAAAACCAUUAAAAAAGGUAAUUCUGAAUUAUAGUAAACCAACAGUAUUACACACCA